AUGAAAUACAAACCCACGCUCAUCAUCCAUGGAGGCGCUGGCGCCCUCUCUCGAUCCUCUAUUCCUCCCCACCUCUACGGCCAAUACCAUACCUCCCUCCUCACCUACCUCCGCUCGACUCGCGACCUCCUCAACUCCGGCUCCUCCGCCCUCGACGCCGCCGUCCAUGCCGUCUCCCUCCUCGAAGACGACGAACUCUUCAACUGUGCCCGCGGCAGCGUGUUCACCUCAGCCGGGACCAUCGAAAUGGAAGCUUCGGUGAUGGUCACGUCGAUGGAUAGUCCUGGUCCUGGCUCAACAAAACGCGGCGUCGGCGUCAUCGGGCUCCGCAACGUACGGCAUCCGAUUCAACUCGCGAGGGAAGUUCUUCUACGGGAUGGGCUUGGGGAGGAUGAUGAUGGAGGAAGCAUGCACGCACAGCUUUCUGCGCCUUAUGUCGAAGACCUCGCUAAGCAGUGGGGUCUCGAGUUUCAGCCCGACGAGUACUUUUGGACAAAGAGACGGUGGAAUGAACAUGUGCGGAAGUUACGUGGACAGGGACAGGGACGGAAACAGACUGCUAAGCAGGCUACUUUUGUCUCAGAUUCCAAUGCUGAUGAUUCCACGUGCGAUGUCGCUAUAGAUUCGGAGGUAGAGAUGCGGUCGGAUGGCAAGAUGUUCGACCUUGAUCUUGACCUAAACUCCCUCCCCCAAGGAACAGUCGGCUGCGUCUGUCUCGACCAGUACGGCAACCUAGCCGUCGCAACAAGCACCGGCGGCAUGACAAACAAGCUUCCCGGACGAGUGGGCGAUACCCCUACGUUAGGGGCGGGAUUUUGGGCGGAGCGAUGGACUGAGUCGUCUCCUUCUCCGCCUAAUAUACUAUCCAUGGAGGAAGAGGAAGAGACAUCGAUGUCCUGGACCGCUUGUCUCCCUUCGUUUCUACGUUGGAGUUACCGUCCUCGUUCAUUUCCAUUGGAGAAAUAUACCACUAGACAGAAGAAAUAUACCGAUACAGAUACCGAUCUCGAUCCCGAAGCGCAGAGACAUAGACCCACAGCCAGAACCCCAUCAGAACCGGAUCUACCAUCACCAGUUUACGAAGAAAUCGAAAAACAGCUUUUGAUCGACUCUCCUCCCUCAUCAUGCAGCACCUCCUCCGUAUUGUCCCUCCCUCAACCACAACCUCCGCCGCCACCGUCCAAUUCCCUAUCAAGAUCCAGAUCCAGAUCCAGGUCUCAAACCGUAGCCGUCGCCCUUUCCGGCACCGGCAACGGCGACUCCUUCCUCCGGACCUGUGCGGCGCGCACAGCCUGCGCUAUGGCUCGCUUUUCACCCCAUACGAUGCUUUCCGAAGCAGUUAGGGACGUAGCCGGGCCGGGUGGCGAGUUACAGCGUUCCGCCGGGACAAAAUGGGGAAGUGGAGAGGGGGGGGGAGGGAUUAUUGGGAUUGAAGUGAGAUGUGUUACGAAGGAGGACCAAGGGGGAUAUAGAGAUGGGGAGGUGAUUGGACGGGGAACCGUGGUGUUUGAUUUCAAUUGUGGGGGGAUGUGGAGGGCUUGGAUAGAUGAGGAUGCGAUGGGAGGUGAGAGAGAGAAUGUGAUGGUGUUUAGAGAGAGUUAUUAUUAG